AUGUUCAGACAAAUUAAAGUACAUGGAGAUGAUUGGGAUCUUCAGAGAAUAUUAUGGUUUAACGAACACAAUCAAGAACAACAUUAUCACCUGAACACAGUAACAUACGGUACACGAGCAGCGCCAUUUUUGGCUGUUAGAACACUACUUCAAUUAGUUGAAGAUGAAGGUCAGCGGUAUCCACAAGCAGUACCUUCACUUCUAAAAGGACGUUAUGUCGAUGAUAUAUUUGGGGGUGGUGAUACACCAGAACAGCUUAAAGAAAGUCUCACAAAUUCAACAAUUACUGAACACGCACGCUGGAGACACGUACCAGGUACACAAAACCCAGCUGAUUGUGCAUCAAGAGGCAUAACAUCAGAACAACUUGAACACAAUGAAUUAUGGUGGAGUGGACCACCAUGGUUAGUAAAACCUGAGAACACCUGGCCAAAACAAUCUAGUACAACAUCCGGUUCAUCUCUACCAGAAGAAAGACCUGGAUUAACAUUAUUGGCUACAAAACAAGAAACCAAAGAACCAUGGACACUUAUUGAAAAACACUCUUCAGUCACAAAAUUAUUUAAGAUCACAGCACUUUGUUUGAGAUUUAUUUCAAUACUCAGAAAAAAUCCAAUCAAAAUGCAUGGAGCAAUAGAUCAAGCAAAAACAUUCUGGAUUAAGUCUACACAGUCAAUAUACUUUAGUCAAGAAAUAAAGACGAUUUUAGACAACAGGACAUUAGCCAGCUCUCAUCCAUUUAGUAAACUAACAGCAUUUAUAGAUGCACAAGGAAUAUUAAGAGUUGGUGGAAGAUUAGAGAACACAGUUCUAUCCUAUGAAACCAAACACCAAGCAAUAUUACCGAGAUCAGCAAGGUUAACAACGUUGUUGAUUGAUUAUGCACACAAAAGUACACUUCAUGGUGGCACACAACUUACAUUAGGACACAUGAGACAACACUACUGGAUCAUUGGAGGAAGAGCAAGUGUAAAAGCACACAUUUUACGAUGUGUAGAGUGUGCUCGACAAAGAGGGAUUCGUGCACAUCAAUUGCUGGGCCAACUACCUCUUUCAAGAGUUACACCUACACGAGCGUUUGAACACACAGGCAUUGAUUAUGCUGGCCCAAUAAUAUUAAAAAAUUGGAACACAAGAGGAGCCAAAACAUAUAAAGGUUGGAUUUGUGCCUUUGUAUGUAUGACUACUUCAGCGGCUCAUUUAGAGCUAGUUACUAAGUACACAACAGAAGCGUUUCUCGCUACAUAUAAAAGAUUUACAUCAAGACGAGGAAUUCCAGCACACUUAUAUUCAGACUGUGGUACCAAUUUUAUUGGAGCAGAACGAGAAUUAAAAAUUUUAUUUACUCAGCACACUAAAGAAAAUCAAGUCUUAGAAAACAAGAUCUUAGAAAACACAACACGAUGGCAUUUUAAUCCACCAGGUGCACCACAUAUGGGUGGUAAAUGGGAAGCACUCAUUAAGUCCACAAAGUAUCACUUAAAACGUACUAUUGGUGAAUCAAAAAUGACAUAUGAAGAGGCAUCAACUUUGCUAACUCAAAUUGAAGCCAUACUAAAUUCAAGACCACUAGAACCACUUAGUGAUGAUCCUGAUGAUCUUCAAACUCUGACACCAGGACAUUUUUUAACUGGUACAUCAUUGAUGGCAGUACCAGAACCUUGUUUACUUGAUUUGUCCACAUCUAGGUUAUCAAGGUGGCAAUUUAUACAACAAAUAACACAACCAUUCUGCUCACAAUGGUCAAGUCAAUACUUGCAAAGGCAACAGUCCAUUUCCAAAUGGCACCAUGUAAAUAAUAAGAUCCAAGUUGGAUCAUUAAUUCUGAUUUCAGAUGAACGAGCACCACCAUGUAGAUGGCCACUUGGUAGAAUUACUAAGUUGUUACCAGGAGCUGACGGAAAUAAUAUUUCAAUUGGUUUAAUGGAUAAUGAAUGUACUUAUUGCAAAGCAUUAAAAUACAAAAAAGAACCAAGUGGUUUAUGUUGUGCAAAUGGUAAAAUUAAACUGCCAGCAUUAAGAAGUCCAAUUGAACCAUUGUUAUCAUAUUUAAUUGCUGAACUUACGAAGCCGGCGAAGCCGGGUAACACCUGCUAG